UUACCCCGCCGCCUAUGAGGAUGUGACUCCAAACGUUUGCUCAGUGUGAUUGUGAUUGUUACACGUACGGUCACACUAAUCUCAAAUCCCCGGAGCGAGUAAGUUUGUGGAGUGAGCGAGUUUUUCCGCGGGAUCAGUGGCGCUACAUGUGUGAAAAAACGCACAAAGAAUGUUAUUGGGUUUGAAAUUACGGUGUUUGUGAUGAACUGAAGCUAUUACGCAUGGAACUAUGAACGAUCCGGAGCUUACGCCGAUCUCCAAGGUGCAGCAGCGAAUGGCUUCGGCUUUACCCGGGGAGGAGAGCACUCGGUCUGUCAGCGUGUGCAGACCCGAGCGCAAUGGGAUCUUCUUCAUCCACUGCUUCGUCUGUGGGAGCGGGGUAACCCCGGGGAACGAGCUGAGCCUACAGGUAAAAUACCAACGAGAAAAGGAUGCCCCGUUUUUCCCUUUCCUGCAAGGCCAGGACCCGGCUCCUGGGGCUCCGGUGAUCGGUCCGGACGGGGACGCACUGGUAUGCGCUGUGUGCCACUGCUUCCUGCGCGAACAGUGGAACUCAUUCGAGCGCAACAGGACGCCGAUCGAGAAGCGCAUGUACUGGCUCAAGAGGCCAUACCAGUGCGACUUACGGAACAUUACGUACUAUCUGGAUAGGAGAAUGAGCGUUAGCAAUUACGACGCCAAUGAUUCGGACAUUUCCUCAUUCUCUGAUAAUGACCUGUCCGAACAGGAAUUGGACUUUUCAGCGUGUGUAAUGAAUAGCAAUAAUGCCACAGGGUUCCAUGCGUCUAAUAAAGCAUCCAGAGAAAGCAGCAGAAAGAACACAGUGAGUGUUAAGAGCAGUCCUGAGUCACUGCGAUAUCCUACCAGAGUUUACACAGGUCAGGACGUACCGAAAUCAGAUCGACGUGCGACUAAAAUCACCAACCAUACAUCGCAUUCUUCCGUGUCCAAGGCUCUCCAGCAGUAUGACAGUCCAUCAGUGCGCACACCGCUGCAGGAUAACGGCAUCAUUUCGUGCGAUAAGCAGUGGAUACAGGCGUCCACCGGUGAUUCUGACAGCUGCGAUAUUAACAUCACCAGCGAUGACGAGAGAGAGCACGCAGCAUCAUCUCACUUAAAAGUAGAGAGGAGCCAAGCAGCCAAAUGUCACACUAGUUUUCCUUCAGAUGAAUGUGCCUGUUAUAUUUGUGGAAGCAGGCUUCAAGAAGGAGGCCGGUUCAGGGUAUUUGUACAAAAGCAGGAGAGAGCAUCCAGUGAACCAUUUUUCCCUUUUCUGUGGCUCCAUACCCCACCACCUGAUGCAGUGCCCCUUAGCCUGGGUGGAUACACUCUGGUGUGUACCACUUGCCACUCCUCCCUCAUGCAGCAGUGGCAAGGGUUCGAGUUUGCAGCAGUUCCUGUUCUCCAGCGACUCUAUGUGGUGCCCCUCAACACAGGUGCUGCAACCCCUCUUUCUCCACCUGCCAUAAAUGAAUGUGGGGAUGGACUCCCAAAAAUCCAUCCGGUCCCCUCCAUGCCACAGAAUCGCAGGGAGACCUGCUACCUAUGUGGAGAGGACUGUGGUCGAGAGGUCAGGAUGGCAUACACCCAUGUUGGUGCAAGUAAAUCCCACAGUGCAAUGUAUUUUCCAUUCAUAAAUCUGCUACCAUGCCCUCCAAAUGCUCAGAGAAUGCGGAAUGGAAGGGUACAUUGCUGUGUCGCGUGUCACAGCAUCUUGGAAGGGAUCUGGGCAGAGUACUGCCUCUGUCUAAGCGAAGAACUCAUUACUUCCGUCCCCACGUUCCUUGAGAGAUACCACCUGGCCAUGGGAAGGGGAGGUGUGUUGGUAUCCCCCCACAGAAGACCCCUGUUGACCCCUUCUCAGACUGGCACAACAACCACAAGCCACACCUCCAUCUGUUACUUGUGUGGGGAGGAGCUGUCUGGAGGAACCGAGUAUCAACUUCAUGUUAACCCUCCAGGGCGUUGCGGGGAAAGAGAACCCUUUUUUCCCUUUCUAACUGUCCACCCUCCCGCUCCCCGUGCCCGCCCUGCUGAUGCCACGGGCCUUGUGUCUACCUGUGCACUGUGCUAUCAUGACCUGCUGGGCCAGUGGACGCAACAUGAGACUCAGGGCUCAGAAUCUGGCCCUUCCAGCAGCCCCUGGGCACGUCAGUAUAAAUGCAACACUUUCAUCUGCUUCUUCUGCAGGAAAGAGAAGAAGAGACCUCUUGGACUGAAGGCAGUGCGCGUUGACCGCUUGCCUGUUUUCCUCUAUGCUCCAAGGGUCAGUCAGACCCUGGUAAUUGACAAUGGCAAGCAGUUAACAAUUGGCUCCUGUGUGGAAUGUAAGUCCAUGGUCCGGGCUGGGCAGAACAUGAAACCGGUUAGUGGAAUCACAAAAAACAAGGGUUUGAUGGUGGUGGAGGAGUCAGCCAGCAACAGUAAGGAUGCAGAGAUCAGACCACCAGUAGUCACUGUGGCAGAAGUGUCAGAGCAAGACCACAUUACAUCAUUCGAACCCAGAAUGUCUUCUGCUACCUCACCGCUGUGUAGCCUGAAAAUGGAAAAAGCAGACAGCUCAGUGCCCAGCAUGAGCCAUGAGCCAAAGUUACCAUCAUUAGGCAUGAUUUCCACAGCGAUCCGCACCACGGCGACAGUCAAUCCUCUCACCCCAUCUCCCCUCAACAGUUCUAUUGUGCCCAAUGGCAGUCCUGCAUCUCAGUCCGCCCACUCUGGAUUUGCCGCCGCUCUCCGCAAGCUGGCCAAGCAAGCAGAGGAACCCAGAGCAGGAUCUUCCAUAAGCAGCGAAUCAUCUCCGGUCUCAUCUCCGGCCACUAACCACAACUCCCCAGUCAGUACGCCCAAGCAAGGCCCCAUGGGUCCAGUUAUAGUGCCUUCUGGGGGCCACAGUGUACCAAGUACCCCACCUGUUGUCACCAUAGCACCCACCAAAUCUGUCAACGGCCUUUGGAGGAGCGAGAGCCGACCUGUACGAGAGGCUGAGUCAGGUCCUUGCGGCAUCAGCCAGGAUAGGUUAAGUUCAGAGGCUUCUUCUACCCAAGAGAAAGGGGGUCCCACUGUCCCGGGCCACCUUACUGGAAACCCUUACGCAUUUGGCUUGACACCCGUGUCAGUAAUGCAGGACACGCGCUUUCAGCCUCUUAACCUGCUUCGUCAGAUGCCCCAUGCCAUGCCUCCGGCCAGUGUUCCUGAAGAAUAUCUGAGGGGGUUUCGACCUUACACCACAGCUGAGGAGCUUCGCAUGCCCUCUUUGCCCCUGGGGCUUGAUCCUGCCACUGCUGCAGCUGCUGCUGCCUACUACCACCCUGGAUAUCUGCCCCAUCCCUCCUUCUCCCACUACAGAAUGGAUGAUCCAUUCUGUCUGUCAGCGCUGAGGACGCCGUUCUAUCCAUUGCCUACAGGGGGUUCUCUACCUCCUCUUCACCCGUCUGCUGUGCACAUGCACCUGCCUGGGGUGCGUUACCCUGGAGACCUAAGCCACCCUUCACUGUCCAGCCUACAGUCCGAACGCUUGUCAGAGAGACUCCAGAUGGAGGAUGAGCUGAGACAGAGAGAAAGAGAGCGUGAGCGGGAAAAAGAACGAGAACGAGAACAAAAGGCUGACCAAGAAAUAGAGCGUGAGCGAGAAAGGGAGAGAGAGAAGGAGCUGGAGUGUGAGAGAGAGAGGGAGAGAGAAAGGGAAAAGGAGAGAGACUGUGAAAGAGAGAUGGAGCAACAGAAGGAGAGGUCAGCACGAGAGAAAGAGAGCCACUAUCUGGCUGAGCUCCAUGGGCUGAGAGUCCCCCCAGCUGACAAAGCCAAACCUGCAGACAGAAUCACUACGAACAGACCUGAUAAAACCAAAGAGCCCAUCCUUACAACCCCUAAACCAAUCCAGCCUGGAAUUCACCAUUCCCUAAACUCCACACAUCACCCCCUGCCCAGCCUUGUCUCUGCUCAUGGCAUGUAUCUGGGCCCUGGAGGGGCGGGACCUGCAAGUCUGACAGCGGCCGCCAUGCUACAGCGCACAAAUGAGGAAGAGCGCUGGUUGGCCCGGCAACGGAAGCUAAGGCAAGAGAAAGAGGACAGGCAUUACCAGGUUUCAGAGUUCCGUCAGCAGGUCCUAGAGCAACACCUGGACCUGGGCAGACAGGGGGAAAUUGCAGACCUGCAUAUAGAGGGACAUAGACCUAAAUUAAACCAUCAUGAGCCCAACAGCAGAGAUCGUGAGAGAAACAGAGAUGCCCAUCCUCUACUGGGAGCUCCGCCCCCUCUCAUCUCCCCAAAACACCAGCACAAAGACCAUGCUCCCCCACCACCAACCACACUUUGGAACCCCGCAUCACUCAUUGAGACCUCCACAGAGCCCCAGAGUCUGGGUCACUAUGAUGUUAGUCGGGUUACCCUACCGCACUCCAAACAUGAACACCAUUACAACUCUGAAAAGCUGGAAGAAGGAUCUAGAAAAAGGGACAGUUUGGAUAUAUAUCCUACCAUCCAGCCUAGUGGGUUCUCUGAGUCCAACACUUUCCUAGUGGAGCUGGAAAAAUCCACCUAUAGCUUCCUGAAUCAGCAGAGGGCACCACUGAGUAAGUCAGGACAAUAUGAAGAGCUGAGUGCAGGCCUGAAGUCCAGCGGGUGUUUUAAGAGACUCCAGGGGCAUUCAUGUCAUGCAACAGAUGCCAUGUUAGUUUAUGAUGAGUUCCUACAGCAGAACAGACAAGCUGUCAGCAAACUUGACUUGGAGGAGAAAAGACGAAGAGAAGCCAGAGAGAAAGGUUGUUACUAUGAGCUGGACGACUCUUAUGAUGAGAGUGACGAGGAAGAGGUGCGAGCUUAUCUCAGGAGGGUCACAGAACAGCCACCACUCAAAUUAGAUGAUUCCGCAGAGAAGGUGGAGUUUCUACAGAUGUUUGACCUGACUACUUUGGCCCGUCGGGAGGAGAUGAUGGAGGUGAAGAGGAGGAAGAGGAGGCGCAUGCUGAGAGAAAGAAGUCGUUCCCCACCAGGUGUUCAGACCAAGCAGACUACUCCUGCCCCCCUAAUAACCCACUUCACCCCAGAGGACAUGAACAACAGCCCUGAGCUAGAGGAAAAGAAACGCUUCCUCACCAUCUUCAGCCUCAACCACGUCACUCAGCAACAGAGAAAAGAUAAUGAGAGGGUUGAUGAGUUGUUGAAGGCCAUAAAACAAAAGAGCGUUACUCUAGACAGCAUCAGACACAGCCCUCACCCUCUGUGCUGGAGCCCUGCAGCCCUAUGCUCGGACCUGUCAUCUCAGUCUCCAGAACUGCUGAAUGGACGCCCCCCCAGUCCCUCCCCCUCUUUAUCUGUGCCUCAACCCCAAGUGGAACCCUUCUCUCACUUGGAUCUGCACAGAUCGCUCUCAGAUCCCUUAAGACUGAAAGACUCUUCCUUGACUGCUGCAUUACCGGACAAAUGUCGAGCCAAAGACAGCAUCACAGACAAGAGCUCUGAUCUGCUGAACAGUGUGCGACAGCCCCCAUUCACUAAAGAAAGUUCUGUUAAUGUCAACGGAAAGACCAAACCAUGGGAGAAUUUCAUUGCUGAGGAGUUUGCCCAGCAGUUCCAUGAAUCAGUACUGCAGUCCACCCAAAAAGCCAUGAAGAAGAGUAAAGGUGGUGCCUUGGUCAUGUCAGAACAAAAACACACAGUAGAUUCAUCUGUGCAUUAUAAUAUUCCUGAGCUCCAGAGCACGCCAAGCCGGUCCAAACCCCACCCACACCCUCCUUCAUUGCAGCCCAAUGGACAGCACUGCCCCCCACAGCCUUCCCGCCAGGAGUCUGAGGAAAAGGUUGAGGAUGAGGCAGAUGACACAGAGGAGGACGAGCCCACUACAUCUGGUUGGCAGGGCAUUGAAGCCAUCUUUGAAGCUUAUCAAGAGUAUGUAGAAGAGCAAAGCAUUGAGCAACAAGUUCUCCAAAGUCAGUGCAGACGACUGGAAGUGCAUCACUAUAAUCUCAGUCUAACUGCUGAACAGCUCUCACACUCAAUGGGGGAGCUGAUGUCUCAGAAGCAGAAGCUUUCGGCUGAGAGCGAGAACCUACAGGCAGAGCUGGAGCACUUUAAGAAGUGCCUGAUGCUGCCACAGAGCCUCUGGUCUAGGAGUCAUUUCAAGGGCUAUCCACCCAGCUGACACUCUAUGGCACCAUCGACCGCCCAGUCAGACAACCUUCCACAUCCCUUACAAACCCCCAAACUCAGACACAUGUUCAGGCCACUCCGAGAGCCUGGACAGUGAUGGUGAGGAACAGAAGAUCUGGCCCCAGAAUUCCACAUUCUAUGGGCUAAAUCACUCAUCAACACACGUCAAAGCCUCUGAAUGCCUCCAACUCGCAGGGACAGUCAUACUGCAUCAUAGAGAAAGAAAAAUGCCAGUCGAAAUGCAGCUUAGCCCAUCUGUCAUCUCUUUACCAUGGAGGUCAUUCCUAGAAAUGCACUUAAAGACAAAAAACCUGAAUAACUAUCUGGAGGUACUGUUAUGACAGACUACUCUUUAUGAUCUAGGGAAGGAAAAAAGAAAACAUCAAAUAAAUAAAAGAAAGUUUUAUUUCUAUAUUUAGAAUAAAGAUUUUUUAAAGAGGUGCUUCAGCAUUGUAUUGUAAAUAAUUUCAAAACAACAGAAAAAUAAUUUUGUAUGUUUUUAAUUCUUAAAAAAAAUAAAAGCCUGCCUUUUUUUUCUAAUAUAUUAAUGCUUUUGGGUGUUCGAAGGUUUACGUUUAAUGUUUGCUCUGCUGCUGGUCAGAAUAUGCCUUUCAGGACUUUGUGGAGUGAUAAUAUCACUUCCUUUUUACCUGGACUAAAGUAGGCCCCAGGAAGUAUGCCAACGUUUUUUUCCCCAAAGGCCAUACUUUACAGUAUAACAUGAGCCCUGAAUUCUAAUGACAUAGCAGGUGUUUUCAAACUGUGGGUUGCAGAAUUGAACAAGGUGGGUCACACAAAGUCACUUGGCUGCAGUUAAAUUUGCGUUUUAAUACACGCACACUCACACAGUUCAGUCGAGGGCUGCAUGAUAUAGCCUACCAACGUUAAUUAUGAAUUGCAAUACCCUUAGUGUGAUUUUCAAAUUGAAAUUAAGUUCGCUAUUAAAAACAUGCGUGGUGUGUUUUGAAGAGCUAGCGUGCACAAGUUGUAAUAACAGUGAGGAUGUCAGCACAACAUUAUUAUUAAAAGGUUCAAUCCGUCCGCAUUAUUAAAAGAGGAAAGAACUUGCUCACUGCAAUGUGCUGUAUUCUGCAAGAGAUUUUAUACACCAGACAAUUAUAAUGUUCUGAAAACAGUUUCAAGUAGGCUAUGUUCAUUAAUUUCUGUCGUCUGUUUGGACUCUGCACUGUUUUCAUCCAGGAAAUGGUCUCUAAAAAGCAUUUCACAUGUAUGGGAUGAGCAGGGGCACAAAUGCAGGGUAAAUUGUAACACAACAAGAUUUAAACAUUUCCACAUAACAAAAUUUACAAAAUUCUCUAUAUAGAGAAUUUUUUUUUGCCAAAGUUAAAAAACUUUUGAAGAUAUAUAUUGCUGAACAUUUAUUUAACAAUUGCAAAAGUAAAUUUCUGACCGAAGUAAAUUUGUCAUUUUGUUUUUUAGUGUUAUUUUAAUCUCCACACUGCUUUUCAAAAAAAAAAAAAAAUGUGUUGGAUUGUGCUGCGCUUUCCCCUACACACUGAAGAAUCAUGAAUGCUUUUUCUGAUCUGAACCCCGCAAUGAGUUUAACAACACUCACAGCGCAGAUUACAGUUCACUGGAGUGAGCCUGUUUCAUGUUUUUUUUUAAUGAACGUUUCAUUUAACAUCUGUAAACAAAGAAAUUAAAACUUAUAAUAUAAUAUUAGUAGUGAAAUUUUACAGUUGUACUCUAAAAUAAAAUGGUUAUUUUUCUUAAAUACUUCAUUUCUGUCAUAUCAAACUUUUAAUUACCAUUAGGCUUAAAGUAAUGUCAAUUUUUUUUUUUUUUUUUUUAUCUCAAAUAUUUUGGUGGGUCAUGAAAUAGAUCAUACUUGUCUAGGUGGGUCAUAGAAUGGAAAUGUUUGGGAACCCCUGGGCUAGUGGUCACUCGUAUCUCAAGGUUCCAGACUGCUAAAUUGACUUUUUUGGCUUUUUUUUCUUUUCUUUUUUUCUUUUUUUUUUAUAUAAUGAAGCAGCAUGCAGAUGCUUUAUGGAUUUCUGUUUCAAUCAAUUAAAGGGCAUUUUUUUACUAGAAUGCGAUAUUCUGAAAUCUAUAUCUCACUUGUGUACACAAAAGGGCUUAAGUGAUGCCAGUCUGCCAGGAACAGACUUGCACAAAAAUUUUAUCCAUAAAUGUUGUUGUACAAUAAGAAUUAUAAUUUGUUUGAUAUACAAAACAUUUUUGCCAUUGACAAUUACUGUGCCAAAUUUUUAGAGGUGGCAUGCCAAAAUGUUGAAAGCAAACGAGAAGUCAGUCCUGAUGAGAGUUAAUUUGUAGAACAAUUCCCCCAUACCUCACAAAAAAAACAAAAAUGUUUUGCCCAAAGACGUUCUUAUUUGCCAAGAUUUUAUUUUUAUUUAUAUAUCCAUUGCUUUUGAAUGAUGCAUUUUAACAUAACCAUAAGUCAUUGACAAAAAAAACAUAUUAAUAUGGGCUUUAAAUUAAUGGUGACUGCUUGUAAUAUCUUUAAUUUUCUACCUUUUUAUAUUAUUCUCUUAGAUGAUGUAAAAUCUAGGAAUGACACACCUGUUUGUUUUCCUGCCACUUAACCCAACCUCCAUCACAUCACAUGUAUCCCAUGUAUGCAAUACCACAUACACCAUGAAGUUAUAGACAUUUUUUAUAAGAAUUUAGUGCAAGGGGUAUCUCAAAUGCAUCUUUGAAGCAAAGGUGAGGAGUUUGCUUGCCAUUUAUUUAGGCUAUGAUGACCCCGAGCAGGCGUGCCAUCAGUGUGAUCACUUCGUGUGUGUGUGCCUGUGCCUGCUUCACAUGAAGCGCUACCACUGCCUGAUGAGAGAAUAUACAAACCUGCCCAAUGCGCGCGCACACAGUCACACCCAAACUUAAUGGAGUAUAUUAGAUGCUGUGAAUGCAGUUUUUUUUUUUUUUUUUUUUUUUUUUUUUAUGUACUUGUUUGAAUUCAUUGUAAUGUAAUAUAUUAUUUGUUGAUUGUAGUAAUUAGGUAUUUAUGGAUAUAUUGCU